AUCUACACUGACCUAUUUUCUUCUCUAGAUGGGUGUAUUAGUUUUUAUAUCUGAAUAAUACCUUUACUUGUGUGUAUAUUUUUAUCAACAAAAUCACAUUUAUAUAGCAUUAAUUCUUCUUUAUCCUUGCAUUCAAAUAAUGUCAUUAAAACAAAAAGUGGAUUACCGGGGGCACUCAUUUUUUUCAUUGCUUUCAUUAAUUUGUUAGGUUUAACUCCAUUUACCUUUGGUUUAAGUAGAUCACUUUGAUUUUCAUCCGGGUUAGCAUUAACCUUAUGAGGAUACCUUAUUCUAAGUGGAAUUAGUUUUAACCCUAAAAAAUUCUUUGCUCAUUUUUUACCCAGAGGUACACCGACUAUGCUUACUCCAUUUUUAAUUUUAAUUGAGACGAUCAGCGUUCUAAUCCGUCCAUUGACGUUAACAGUUCGUCUAAUUGCAAAUAUUAGAGCUGGUCAUAUUGUACUAGCUCUUGUUGCUAAUUGCUUAAGUUCAUGUAGCACUAGAUUCUCCAGAAGAAUUCUGUUGAUACUUUCAAUUGCGUACAAUUUUUUUGAAGUAUUUGUUUGCUUUAUUCAGGCUUAUAUUUUCACUUUAUUAAUUACUUUAUAUUCAAAUGAACACCCUAAUUAA